UACAACAUGAGUUUUAUCAUGAAGCUUCACAGACACUUUCAAAGAACAGUCAUUCUGCUUGCCACUUUUUGUAUGGUGAGCAUUAUCAUUUCUGCUUACUACCUGUACAGUGGCUACAAACAGGAAAAUGAACUCUCUGAGACGGCUUCAGAAGUUGACUGUGGCGACCUCCAACACCUACCAUAUCAACUAAUGGAAGUGAAAGCAAUGAAGCUUUUUGAUGCCUCAAGGACAGACCCCACAGUCCUAGUAUUUGUAGAGAGCCAGUACUCAUCUCUUGGUCAAGACAUCAUUAUGAUUCUAGAAUCAAGUAGAUUCCAGUAUCACAUUGAAAUUGCCCCUGGAAAGGGAGAUCUCCCAGUGCUUAUAGACAAAAUGAAAGGCAAAUACAUUCUCAUUAUUUAUGAGAAUAUUUUAAAGUAUAUAAAUAUGGAUUCCUGGAAUCGAAGCCUUCUAGAUAAAUACUGUGUAGAAUAUGGUGUGGGUGUCAUUGGAUUCCACAAAACUAGUGAGAAGAGUGUACAGAGCUUUCAGUUAAAAGGUUUCCCUUUUUCCAUAUAUGGAAAUCUUGCAGUAAAAGAUUGUUGUAUUAAUCCUCAUUCUCCAUUGCUUCGUGUGACCAAAUCUUCCAAGCUUGAAAAAGGUUCUUUACCUGGAACUGACUGGACAGUUUUUCAGAUUAAUCAUUCAGCCUAUCAACCAGUAAUAUUUGCCAAAGUAAAGACCCCAGAAAACCUUUCUCCUUCCAUCUCUAAAGGUGCUUUUUAUGCCACUAUUAUACAUGACCUGGGGCUUCAUGAUGGAAUUCAAAGGGUUCUUUUUGGCAACAACUUGAACUUUUGGCUGCACAAGCUCAUCUUCAUAGAUGCCAUCUCCUUCUUAUCAGGGAAGAGGCUGACAUUGUCCUUGGACAGGUACAUUCUUGUGGAUAUUGAUGAUAUAUUUGUGGGAAAAGAGGGAACAAGAAUGAACACCAAUGAUGUAAAGGCCCUGCUUGAUACUCAGAAUCUUUUGCGUGCACAAAUCACAAAUUUUACAUUCAACCUGGGAUUUUCAGGGAAAUUUUACCAUACAGGAACUGAAGAGGAAGAUGAAGGAGAUGACUGUCUGUUGGGGUCUGUGGAUGAGUUCUGGUGGUUUCCUCACAUGUGGAGCCAUAUGCAGCCCCACCUCUUCCACAAUGAGUCAUCUUUGGUGGAGCAGAUGAUUCUCAACAAAAAAUUUGCCUUAGAGCACGGCAUUCCAACGGACAUGGGCUACGCUGUGGCCCCUCACCAUUCGGGCGUCUACCCUGUACAUGUUCAGCUUUACGAGGCCUGGAAGAAGGUCUGGAAUAUUAAAAUCACCAGCACUGAAGAAUAUCCACAUCUGAAGCCAGCUAGAUACCGGAGGGGUUUUAUCCACAAAAACAUCAUGGUUCUCCCAAGACAAACCUGUGGGCUUUUCACUCACACCAUUUUCUACAAAGAAUAUCCAGGGGGUCCUAAAGAGCUGGAUAAGAGUAUCCAAGGAGGAGAACUUUUCUUCACUGUCGUCCUCAACCCUAUCAGCAUUUUCAUGACCCAUUUGUCCAACUAUGGGAAUGACCGACUGGGAUUAUAUACAUUUGUUAAUCUGGCCAACUUUGUGAAGAGCUGGACCAACCUGCGACUUCAGACUCUGCCUCCAGUACAACUGGCCCACAAGUAUUUUGAGCUGUUUCCUGAUCAGAAAGACCCUCUCUGGCAGAAUCCUUGCGAUGACAAACGCCACAGAGACAUUUGGUCUAAAGAAAAAACUUGUGAUCGCUUACCAAAAUUCUUGGUAAUAGGACCCCAGAAAACUGGUACCACUGCUUUGUAUUUGUUCCUGGUUAUGCAUCCUUCCAUCCUUAGUAACUCCCCCAGCCCAAAAACCUUUGAGGAGGUACAGUUCUUUAAUAGAAAUAACUACCACAGGGGGAUUGAUUGGUAUAUGGAUUUCUUCCCAGUCCCAUCUAAUGUCACUACCGACUUUUUGUUUGAGAAGAGUGCCAAUUACUUCCACUCAGAGGAAGCCCCUAAAAGAGCUGCUUCUCUGGUUCCCAAAGCCAAGAUUAUCACCAUUCUCAUUGACCCUUCAGACCGAGCAUACUCCUGGUACCAGCAUCAGCGAUCACAUGAAGACCCUGCAGCUCUGAAGUUUAGCUUCUACGAAGUGAUCUCAGCAGGGCCCCGUGCACCCUCGGAGCUCAGAGCCUUGCAGAAGAGAUGUUUGGUCCCGGGGUGGUAUGCCAGCCACAUCGAGAGAUGGCUUGUUUAUUUCCCCCCAUUUCAGUUGCUAAUUAUUGAUGGGCAACAACUAAGAACUGAUCCUGCUACAGUGAUGGAUGAAGUACAGAAGUUUCUAGGAGUCUUGCCUCAUUAUAAUUACUCAGAAGCUUUAACGUUUGAUUCUCAUAAAGGUUUCUGGUGUCAGUUACUGGAAGAAGGUAAAACAAAAUGCCUUGGAAAGAGCAAAGGAAGAAAAUACCCUCCAAUGGAUUCUGAUAGCAGGACAUUUCUGUCAAGCUACUAUCGAGAUCACAACGUGGAACUCUCAAAGCUGCUGCACAAACUGGGUCAGCCUCUGCCAUCCUGGCUGAGACAGGAGCUGCAGAAAGUAAGAUAGCACUGAGAGAAAACUUGAGACUUCAUCAUCCAUGUAGAACACACCUUUUCCAAAGCUUCCAGAAGCUACCAAAAGGCAGUUGAAAAAUAUACCUCUUCAAAUGAGAAAAAAGAACAGUUUCUUCCAUGUGCUGGCAUGUGGAUGAUUAGAAAAAAAGAAAAAGUAUGUGUUACAAGCCUUGAGGCCUGUGGCCUUUCUCUUAACCCAUAUCUGAGCCUGUGGGAUUAUUGUAGACUACUGUGCACUCAUGUGGAAGUCAAUUGCAACCAACAUAAAUAUCAAACACAAAUGCAGAACUGUUCCAUUUCAUAGUAAUAUUUACACUUUUAUAUAUCAACUAAGAUUGUGUCUCUGUAGGUUUUUAGACCACUGUUUGCCUGUACGAUGUUUUCUUAUUAUUUUAUUCUAUAAAGUGUCCUAUGAAACAAGAAGCAAAAUAAACAUCACAAUGUAGCAUAAAAUGUCAAAAGCAUAACACCCAUGAAAAGUGCUUGCCAAAAUUUAAAUCCACUUAAGUAUUUAGAAAUAAUUGUAAAUUAUAAUUUGUGCUAGAUCAGAGUGGAAAAGUUAUAUAUGAGUGUUAUCUGCACCAAAAAAAAAUAAGUGCUAUAGCAAAAGUGAUUUUUUCAUAUACAUAGUCUAGUGAAUAUAUGUAAAAAUUACUAACUCUUCCAUCACAACGUAAUUGUUAUACUGAAAUAUAUACUGUAAAGCUGUUGGAUGGUAAAUAGAAACACAUCAAGUACACCAAAACAGUAAAUAACAAUGUAAAGUGUACUGACUGAAUCCUCUAAAAGGGAGAAAUUGUAGGGGUCUAAAAACAUAUCAUCGAGAAUUCUAUGUCCACUUGCUGUAAGCUGUGAAUCUAUCCCAGUAGUCCUCACUAGUUCUACAGAAAUGCAUGCCUAGAGUCUGAGGUAUGUGUCAUCUCCAGAAACAGGUUGACUUUUAAAUGUGAAUAGCUAUUUUUAAUGCUCCCCAAAACAAAACCUAUUAAACUAAAACUAAAAACAGUUUCCCUAGAUGAUGUGGUUAGGCUAUUUACAUUUAGGUUAUUAAAAAAUUGCAUUUUCCCAGAUAGUUCAAAAUAAAAUUAUGUAAUGUAGUAGAGAUUUAUAACAAAAAACAAAUUAAUAUAUUAUUUGUAAUCUAAUGUUUGCAAUGAUACUUUUGAUAUAUGGCAAAGAAACAUAAGCAGAGCAGAGGCCCAUUUUUGAAAAUAUUUCACCCAUCACUCUGGUGGAAGUAACAGAUCAUAGGUACAGUUAAGGAUUAGCUACUAAAUUAAAUGCAGGAAGUACAAAGAUGAGCAAGUCAUGCUCUUGAAAUAUAUUUACAUUUCAAUUGUAAAUAAUACAUAUGGUUAAUAAAGUUUCCAAAAAAGAAAAGAAUACAUCAUACUUAUUUUCCUGUUAAUAUUUACUUAAUUUUUUUUUUGAGAGGGGGACAGAGUCUCACUAUGUCACCCAGGCUGGAGUGCAAUGGUGUGAUCUCAGCUCACUGCAACCUCCGCCUCCUGGCUUCAAGUGUUUCUCCUGCCUCAGCCUCCUGAGGAGCUGGGAUUACAGCCAUGCACCACCACGCCCGGGUAAUUUUUGUAUUUUUAGUAGUGACAGGGUUUCACCAUGUUGGCUAGGCUAAUCUUGAACUCCUGACCUCAUGAUCCACCCACCGCGGCCUCUCAAAGUGCUGAGAUUACAAGCGUGAGCCACCAUGCCCUGACUACUUAAUUUUUAAAUGUACUGUACAUAUACAUAAAAUUUAAGUAGCAAAUUAAUUCCCUGCUAUGAUUAUAAGCCUUUAUAAAAUAUUAUCAAAGGUAUGAUUAGAAAAAAAUGGGAGGAAAACCCAUAGUAAAAAUAUUUUCAUUGUCAUUUUAAUGGGUAAAACUAUCAAUUACUAAUUAGAAAACAAAUUGUGAGAUCCACUUACUAUAAAUUUUUAACUGUACAUUAUAAUUACUUUUUUAAAGUUUCAUGUACCUAAAGCAUAUGCUAAUUUUUAAAUAUACUAUUAGCAGAAAAAAUUGGAAAAAUCACCAAUUUUUAAGACUCUUGACUCUAAAAGCAAAAUCAAAGUCAUUUGGACAAAUAUGGGAAACACAGUCUUCAUGCUUACUGCUGUCUCUUUUAUAGCAGCAGAUGCCAGACAUGCUAGGAAAAUUACUAUAGUCUUCCAUCUCCACCAACUUAAGAAAACUGGCUUAGGAAGGUUAAACAUAAUGAGAAUAGGCCUCAGCAGUUAUAUACAGUGUCAUGUUUUCAUUUGGCAACAACAUUUAUUCUAAUAAAAAAAGAAGAGAAAAACUGAUACAUUUAUGCUUUAAUGGUAAGAUGUACAUUUGAACUGCUAAGCAAAGCUGCUAAUGGCAUAUUUUGUUUAGGUAAAUCAAGUUGACUGAACACCUCAUCCUUUUAAGUAGAUGUCAAAAACAUACUCCGUGUUUGUAUAAAGACAGGAGAAAAAGGAAGAGAUCUUACCAAAAUUUAUUCAUUCACAAGUACAUGUAUUACGCUAGCUAGAGCAGCAAACCUGUGAAAGGAUUUUUGACCACUCAAUGUGUCUUGAAGACAGCAUCAAAUUCUAGAGGACAUGCAUACUUUCCACAUUAUAUACUCCAACUGGUUAAUAUGCUAAUCUGAAAGUAACAUAAAUACAUAUGAGAGAAUAAUGAGAGAUAAUCUGAUUUAAAACUAGCUUUGUAUAGAAUUCCCUUUUUCAUUGUUUAAAAUAUGAAACUUCCUCAGGAAGAAAUGAAAUGGUUAUUUCAAUGUUUAUAGCUGUAAUAUUCUUGUCAUUCACAUUGAAUGAAAAUUACUGGAAACAUUUUUUUCUCUGAGUUUUUUAAAAUAAAAAACCUGGAUAUAAUUCUGAUAGUAGCAUGGUACCUCAUAUGUACAACAAUAAACUGAUAGGAAAAUGAAGAGUUUGGACCUGGUGAUUUUAGGUAAUCAGUAGGUAUUUUAUUGUUUUGGCCUGGGGGUGAGUGGGAGGUGGUUACGGAACAUAGAUACUACUAACAUAAUUCAAAAUGAAGAGAUAGAAAAUUUUCAAGUAGGAUAUAUAUCUAUCCUAUAUUUAUAAAACCUUUCACAGAUCCUUCUCCUCCUAAAUUUAUAUGUUACUUGUAGUGAAUUUUUUUUUAGUUCUAAUAAAUAUAAUGCAGUUUCUAGGUCAUUUAUGGGACCCUAGAAUAAGAGAAUAAGAGAAUCACACAGCUGUUACUAAAUGGACUUCAGAACAGGAAUGAUUAUAGCAUUUCUUACCCCCAGUAUUCUGUUCUGCUCCAUACCAAUGAGCCCAUUUCUUUCCUCAGAGUUUAAAAGGUGUUCAUCUCUCUUUUCUAAAAAUCUGGCAAAACAAUCUCUGCAAAAAAAGGAGGGAGGGGGGAUUCGGGGAGUUUAAAUUUAGCCAUUUAUCUUCAUUCUCCACAAAUUUUCUUUUCUCUCUUCCAAUCCCUUUCUUUUCUAGACAUCAGCUUUUCACAUGUUGCAACCCACCCUAUCUCGGGGCACCAGCUGAAUACCCCACAGGCUUGCCUCCCACAGACACAGCUCACUGAUUGAGCUGGGACAUCUCAUCUCAUCUUCUGCCUUCAGACUGUGAUUUACAGCAUUGGCUUCCCUGUUCCUCAGGCUUUCAGUCUCAGAUUGGAUUACACCGUUAACCACCCAGUCUCCAACUUGCACAGCAGAUUAUGAGACUUCUCAGCCUUAUUAAUUCGGCUUUUUUGGAGAACUCUAAGACACACAGUUUCACUUAGAUUCCAUCUCCCCAAAAAUCUGCAAUCUACUUUGAGUAGGCCUUUCACCAAUGGCCAAGGAUACCUAACAAAAUUUGAGGGCCACUUCUCCCCAAACCAGUGCUGCUACCAGUUCUUGCCAUUUAUUGUCCCUAAUUUGUUAUCUAUAAAAGUUCUCUAUAUACUCAGUGCUCUUAAUAAAUGUUACAGCGUAAAA